GGGCGGGGCGCGAGCUGGGCGCGCCGCCAGAGAGCCUCGGAGCCGCGGCGGGAGAGGAUCGCACAGCCUCUGGGAGUCCGGCCCAGGCCCAGCAGCCAUGGCGGUGGAAGGAGGAAUGAGAUGUGUCAAGUUCUUACUCUACAUCCUGCUGCUGGCGUUUUGCGCCUGUGCAGUGGGCUUGAUCGCUGUGGGGAUAGUGGUCAAGCCUAUCCUGAGUGGGACCAUGAGCCAUGGGGCUACUGGCAGCCUGCUGCCUGUGAUCAUCAUUGCAGUGGGGGUCUUCCUCUUCCUGGUGGCCUUUGUGGGCUGCUGUGGGGCUUGCAAGGAGAACUACUGUCUCAUGAUCACCUUUGCCAUUUUCCUGUCUCUUAUCAUGCUAGUGGAGGUGGCCCUAGCCAUCGCUGGCUAUGUUUUUAGAGACAAGGUGAGAGCAGAAUUUAAUAAGGACUUCCGACAACAGAUGCAGAAUUACCUAAAAAACAAUGAUACAGCUGCAUUUCUGGACAAGUUGCAGACAAAAUUUGAGUGCUGUGGGGCUGCUAACUUCACAGAUUGGGAGAACAUUCCUGGCAUGGACAGGGGCCGAGUUCCUGACUCCUGUUGUGUCAACACCACCAAGGACUGUGGCAGGGACAUCAAGAAGCAUCCUGUCCACACUGAGGGCUGCGUGGAGAAGAUUGGGAAUUGGCUGAGAAAAAAUGUGCUGUUGGUGGCUGCAGCAGCCCUGGGCAUUGCUUUUGUUGAGGUCCUGGGAAUUGUCUUUGCCUGCUGCCUUGUGAAGAGUAUCCGAAGUGGCUAUGAAGUGAUGUAGGGGGUCUGGUCUUAUUAGCCCCUCAACUUGGGGAGUAGAGUAGUAUCCCCUGGGUUUUUCAAUUAAACGGAUUAUUUUUUCAGACCAAAAA